AUGGCAUUUGAUGGGACUUGGAAGGUGGACCGCAGUGAGAACUAUGACCGAUUCAUGGAAAAAAUGGGUAUCAAUGUGAUCAAAAGGAAGAUAGCAUCCCAUGACAACCUGAAGAUAACAAUUACCCAAACAGGAAAUAAGAUGACUGUCCAUGAAUCUAGCACCUUCCGAACUGUGGACAUUGUGUUUGAGUUUGGAGUCAACUUUUUGUACAGCCUGGCUGAUGGAACAGAACUCAAUGGGUCAUGGAGCAUGGAAGGAAACAAGCUUGUUGGCAAAUUCAAACGAGUGGAUAAUGGAAAUGAACUGAUCGCAGUUAGAGAAAUUGUAGGGGAUGAACUGGUCCAGACCUACACAUACGAAGGUGUGGAAGCCAAGAGAAUCUUCAAACGAGAUUGA